AUGGCUUGGAGAGGACCCCCUGGCGGUGGCGCUGCAGCCGCAGCGCGGCUGGCAGCGCCGCGACUGCGCCUGGACUUGCUCGGCAGCAAGGCCCACUGCCUCGCGUGGCUCGGUGACCCUUCGGCAGAUCCAGCGAGGGUCGCCGAGGCCAUCUCCGCCUUGAGGCGCCGCCGCCUCCUCACGGAGGAGAAGGAGUACGCGCGCGCGGUGCAGGCUGCUGCCUCCUCCUCGCUGUGGCGGCUGGCAGCGGCCCUGCUUGCGGAGCUGCGCACCCGUCUGCCGGGCGCCUCCACGCGCCACGCCCUGUCGGCCCACAAUGCCGCCAUCGCCGCCUUCGCCACGCGGCACCGGUGGCCAGAGGCCGCACGGCUGCUCGACAGCCUGCACCAGCAGGGCCCCCAGCCCGACGCGGUCACCUACAACGCGACCAUGACGGCGUGCGAGAGAGGGCAGCAGUGGGAGAGAGCUUUCGAGGCGUUCCGCCAGAUGCGGGGGCGGCGCCUCGGGCCUACUGCUGCAACGCUGGGGACCGUGGUCAACGCCUGCCGCUGGGGCCAGCAGUGGGAGCAGGCGGUCCGGUUGCUUCAGGCCGCGCAGGCGCUCGCCCUGGCAGCCAGUGCCGUUGUCUUCAACGCGGCAACCAGCGCGUGCGGGCAGGGCCAGCAGUGGGAGUGGGCGCUCACCGUCGCGGGCGCGAUGGCGAUGUGCCGUCUGCCUGCUGAUGUGGUGGGCCGCACGGCCGCCAUCGAGGCGUGCCAGCGGAGCCUCCACUGGAUGGGGGCGCUGGAGGUCCUGAGGGCCAUGCGCGCCAGCUCGGUCGAGCCCGACGUGGUGACCUGCUGCGCCGUGGCCGCCGCGUGCGACGGCUCGCUGCACCGCGCCCCCGCCUGGAGCACGGCGCGCUUGAUGCGCGCGUGCGCAGCCGCCCUGUGCAGGCCGCCCCAGGGCCAGGCGGAACCGAGGGCCGCGGAGCCGGGCCUCGCCCUCGCUGCGCUCGAGGUGCUCUUCAAGGGCCUGGCGGGCCUGGCGAGCCUGGGCAGCCUCGCCACCGUGGGCGCCAUGGAGGAGCUGCGCCUGGCCGGCGACGGCGAGGCCCGCGGCGCUGCGCGGCGGCACUGCCCCCGCGGCG